GCUCCAGGACAAUAAACAAUUCAAAUUAACAAGACCGGCUAGUAACUGACGAGCUUAAAAUAUGCUCUUUCGAAGAGGCAAGUUUCAUUGAACAAGAAUGAACGAUAUGAUGAUGAAGGUUGAAGUAGUUUCAACAGAAAUAAUCAAACCUUCUUGUCCAACACCCCUUCAUCUUAAAUCCUUCAACUUAUCCUAUCUUGAUCAGAUUGCUCCUCCAUCUCAGAUUGCUCUUCUUCUUUAUUACAAUAACGAUAAUAAUAACCAGAUAACCAGUGAAAUAGAUAGUUCUUGCACGAUACUUAAGAAAUCUUUGGCAGAAGCGUUAAGCAAAUUCUAUCCCUUGGCUGGUAAGGUCAUUGACAACAGAUUUGUAGACUGUAAUGACGACGGGGUGGACUACUUCGAAUCCAAAGUAAGUAACUGUCAACUAUCUCAGCUUAUCCAACUUCCUAAUGUGCAAGACCUCGCAAAGAUAUUUCUUCCAUUUGAUCCGUUUGCGGACUCUGAUGAAGGAAAUUCAACCAAAGUUUUAUCAGUCCAGGUUAAUGUUUUUGAGGAUUGUGGUGGGAUCGUCAUUGGUUUGUGCAUAUCGCACAAGUUGGCCGAUGCGUGUUCAGUCAUCACUUUUAUCAACGACUGGGCUAGUAUAGCUCGUGCUAUUGCUACUGCUGAUCAUGAUCAGCAAAUCAAAGGUCCUCUUUUCGAGGCACAAUCAUUAUUUCCACUCAAAGAGUUCUUAACGGGUUUCAAACCACCCACUGCACCAAGGAUAGUUGCGGGAGAUGAUGUAAUAGUUACAAAGAAAUUUGUGUUUGGAUCCUCCAAAUUGGCAGAACUCAAGAAGAAAGCCAAAAUAGACAGUGAGAUUGACGAUGUUCAUGAGCAGCUCAACUACCAGCCAACUCGUGUUCAAGCCCUAUCAGCUUUGAUAUGGAGGUGCUUCAUUGAUACAGAUCAAGCCAAAAACAAGGGAGCUAAUCCUACGGAAGUUUACCUAGCACUAUUCGCAAUAAAUUUGAGGGCGAGGAUGAUUCCUCCAUUGCCUUUAAACUCCUUCGGCAACGUGACAAGUGUUGCACUACCUAUGGUCAUGAGUAAGGAAGUGGCCGGUAACAAGAAAAAUGAUCAGCAGUACUACCCAUACUUGGUGGGAAAAGUUAGAGACUCCAUAAAGAAAAUCGACGGAGACUACGUAAGAGAUCUGCAAACUAGUAAUGCGUUCUUAGAUGGCAUGAAGUCGUUCUCCGAAAAUGGUCCAAGUGCAGAGACACUGAUUCUAAGCUUCACCAGUUGGUGUAGGUUUCCAAUAUAUGAAGCUAACUUUGGUUGGGGAAAGCCAAUAUGGGUAGGUUCUUGUACACUUCCUAUGAAAAAUGCUGUCUAUUUGAUGGAUACUAAUUCAUCAGGAGACGGAAUUGAAGCAUGGGUGAGCUUGAGCAAAGAAGACAUGAACGAAUUCGAGCGUCACCCAGAACUCGUCGCAGUUGUAUCCUAGUCAGUAAUUCCUCAUAAUGGCGCUCCAUGGGUCUUCUUUCCUGAUUGAAGUAUUUCGUUUAAUUAACUGGUUUUCAUUUGCAUUUGGUGUUUUUAUUGUCUGGCAAAUAAAAUUAAAUGAUCGUUCUUUUGCUUCAAUAUGUAUCAAAUGGAUGAUUAGAGAGCUAGAUGACAUCCAGUUAUCUCAAUGAGCUAACAUUUGGCACGAA